GUGUAAGUGUGUAACUGAGCAACUCGUGUAAAAGGUGGUCUUUUUUGUCAAUUUCCCAUUUCCCCCAAUUUCCCAUUUCCAAUGGAGGUCGUCGGAGAAUCAGCAACCCCUGUACAAACCCUAGCGCAAUCCAAAACCGCAAAAGUCCCACCUCAAUACAUACAACCACCACAACUUCGCCCUAACAAUCACCGCAAACCACCACCUUCGGCCACAACCAUCCCUCUGAUCGACCUUUCUCUCUCCUACGACAUUCUCCUUCCUCAAUUAUCCUCUGCUUGCCACCAAUGGGGAGCUUUCCAUGUAGUCCACCAUGGCGUCCCAAUCAACCUAAUCCAUCAAAUGCGGGCCGUCGGAUCAUCCUUCUUCGAGGAUCUAGAUGCUUCUGAGAAGUCUCAGUAUAAAUGCGAUCAAAGCUCCCCUGCUUCUGAAGGCUAUGGAAGUCGUAUGCUUGUUAGUGAGAAAGACGACACCAUUUUGGAUUGGAGGGAUUACUUUGAUCAUCAUACUUUCCCGAUCACUCGUCGUAAUCCCUCUCGCUGGCCUCGUCACCCUCCUUAUUAUAGAAAUGUAGUGGAAGAAUACAGUGAGCAGAUGAAAUUGCUUUGUCAGAAGCUCAUGGCUAUGAUAUCUGAAAGUCUAGGUUUACAGUCCUCAAGCAUUGAGGACGCCGUUGGAGAAUUCUACCAGAACAUAACAGUCAGCUAUUACCCACCUUGUCCUCAGCCGGAACUCACACUAGGAUUGCAGUCUCAUUCUGAUAUGGGCGCUGUAACCCUACUUAUACAGGACGAUGUUGGUGGAUUGGAAGUCUUAAAAGAUGGAGAAUGGGUUACUGUACAACCGUUGUCUGAUGCUAUUGUAGUGAUCCUAGCAGAUCAAACUGAGGUCAUUACAAAUGGAGAGUAUAAGAGUGCUGUACAUCGAGCCAUAACGAAUUCAAAUAGAGCACGGCUGUCGGUAGCCACCUUUCAUGACCCUGCCAAAACAAGAACAAUUUCCCCUGCUCUGGAGCUUGUGGCAAAGUCUGGACCCCGGUACCAGGAAGUGCUCUAUGGAAGUUUUGUAAAAUCAUGGUACACUAAAGGCCCUGAAGGCAAGCGGAACCUUGAUGCACUUUUACUCUAAUAUUGUCCUUAAUAUGUUUAUUUUAAAUGCUCGAAAAUUUCCUUCAAAAUUUAGGAGAUAGAAUACUGAUUUCUGAUUUUCAUGUAUAUCGAUCAAACAAGGAAACAUUUGUAAAUUGACAAGUCUUGGGAAAUGAAGAAUUUGCACUGUUUA